AUGGACUUAUUGUCGCAGCUGGUUGGAACACCAGGCUGCAAACAACGAUCAGAUGAAACUGACCAAGAAGAGACCGAUUUAAUUUCUACUCACUUAAACAAAGACGAAGGAUUGAACAUGAUAGAAGCGAAUGUGAACGUAGCAAAACCAAACGUAGUUUGCAAGACGGAAGAGCCAAACUUUGAGAAUGGUGAUUCACUCAGAUUCGGAAUUGUGGAGAGUUUCAUGUUGAAGAUGGCACCAGAUGCAGAUGUUCAAAUUUUUCGUUCAAAAAAGGGUUUCGAAAAAUUGGCAUACGAAGGAUUUCUGUAUAACUUGGAUAAGCGUCAUCAGAAGUAUGUAUUAUGGCGAUGUGAAAUGAGCAAAAAACCAGGAUACAAAUGUAGUGGCCGAGUUCGGAUGACCGAAGAUUCCCUCGAUAUGUAUAGCGCACAUUCUCAUCCACCAAAUCCAUUAAAAGUUGUCGCAGAUAUACUCAAAGCACGGCUAUAUGCGGCUGCUGAAGAUCCAGCAAACAGUUCAAAAUAUUUGUACCAUGAAGCUCUUCAUUUGGCGUCAUUUGCCGGGUCUUCAGGUCUACCGAAACUUGGCUCAAUGCAACGGGUAAUCAGCCGGAAACGACGUCAUACGCAAAAAUUACUGGAAGAAAGUCUAAAUCCUGCAUCAUCAGGUUAUGACUCAAGUAGUAUUCCAUCCACAUCAACAUCAGACGAUCGGAAUUGCGCCAUUAAUAGUCUUUUGCAGACCGCCGAGCGACUGCAGUUUCUUUUUACUCCCUCAGGAGGAUUCAAAGAAAUUGGACUCAAAAAAGCUAAAAAUAUGAGUGCUGAUGGCGAUACUGACAAAUCCAGUAGUAUGAAAAAAUCAAAGGCAAAUUUGGAUGAAGAUAAGAAACUUGAAAUCUCAAUGCUGCAAUCGCUUUUUGGCAAUACAGGCAUAUCCGACGAAAGGGUGGAAUGUCCUUUCAAACCUUCGAGAAGUAAGCGAAUGGAAAUCCAAAUUCAUUUACAACGUGUUGCUCAAAAUAUCGGCAUAUCAGAUCUUACUUCAUUCGACCUUGCAGAAGCAUUGGAUGAUGCUGAUCCACUGAAAUUUCUGCGUAAUGAGUUUGCUUAUCCGAAAAUGAAAACUUUACCGCAUGUUGACUUAUUAUUAGUGAAUGCUAACGAUGAUGCCAUUUAUAUGUGUGGUAAUUCGUUAGGACUAAUGCCGAAAGGUACAAAACGAAUUAUGGAUGAACAGUUCGAGAAAUGGGCCAACAUGGGUGUUUUUGGGCAUUUUCAAGAACCACUGGCAUGGGCGCAAAGUGAUGAAUCAAUACUGGAUAGUAUUGCGGAGUUGGUUGGAGCUCAUCGAACGGAAGUAGCUUUGAUGAAUAGUUUAACUGUUAAUUUGCAUAUUUUAUUGGCAGCUUUUUAUAAGCCUACUCCAAAACGCCAUAAAAUUUUUAUUGAAUCAAAAGCAUUUCCCUCGGAUCAUUAUGCCAUCGAAUCGCAAAUUCGUUUAAAAGGAUUUGCUAUUAAAGAAAGUUUAGUAUGUAUGCAACCACGAGACGGUGAUGACUGUAUUCGAAACGAAGAUAUUAUAGCGCUAAUUGAAGAACAAGGUGAUGCGAUAGCGAUAAUUUGGUUUAGUGCUAUUCAUUAUUAUACGGGUCAGCUUUUUGAUAUGAAGAAAAUAACCAAAGCUGGGCAUGAUAAGGCAAGUGUUCCAGGAUGCCUUGUUGGUUGGAAUUUAGCGCAUGCAUUUGCAAAUGUUCCGUUAUCACUGCAUGAAUGGGAUGUUGAUUUUGCCUGUUGGUGUACCUAUAAGUAUAGUUGUUCCGGUGCUGGUGGUAUUGGUGGCUUUUUCGUGCACAAACGUUUUGAAACUGACAAACGCGAAAGGAUGAUUGGUUGGUGGGGGCAUAAAAAAGAGACGCGUUUCAUCAUGGAUAAUCAAUUGGAUUUGGACAGCGGUGCAGCAGGUUAUCGUAUUAGUAACCCACCGAUGAUGCUUAUGGUUCCAUUGAUUGCUUUUCUGGAAAUAAUGUGUACAAUUAUGACGCCAUCUGAUCCUGAGCAACGUGGAUGCCAGCUUUCGCUGAAAUUUAAUAUUGAUGUAUCACUUGUAUACGAUGAAUUAGUUAGAAGGGGUGUGGCGGUUGAUAAACGAUAUCCUGAUGUAAUACGUGUAACGCCAGUGCAUUUAUAUAAUAGUUAUACCGAUGUUUACCGCUUCAUGCGAGCAUUAUUGGACUCACUGAUUGUUGUCGAGGGUGACUGUGAAAAAUAA